GUGUUGCGUUCUCUGAAGAAACCCAUAACCGAUCGAUGUGUGCAUCGAAUCGCUUUUUACUUAAACGGAUACCUGUGUCUUUGCACGACUUCUUAUCGAGGGAAUUGCGUGGAAUUCGUGGUAGCUGGGAGUUAAAGUAAAUACAAGUGGUUAAAAAGUCUUAUUAUCGGGGAACUUUUUCUGGAUAUUUUCUAAAAGUACACAGAGUGAUUAGCGCCGUCUGUAAAAUUGAAAAUCGACGGGCGAUUAUUUGUUAGUCUGGACGAUCGAUUUGAGGAAAGGUCCGGCAAUUAACUAAUUCAGGGCAGAACGGGGGAGUGACUUUGGCGGAUAAGCGCGUCCGAGGGGGAGAGAAUUUCGGACAAAGGGGACCUGUGACAAUCCUCGGGUUCUUACCUUGGGAAUCCUUUUUACCUGGCUCAGUUGGUGCGUGUCCUUCAAGCGGACAGUGUCUCGGAGAAUUGGAAAGUGAACACGAGUGACAAGUGGUGUGUGCGAGUUAUCUAAUCGGAAGGCCAGGCGAUAUCUCGAGGUCCUGUGUGUCACGUUAUCUCUGAAACGACCGGAUAACGGAGCAGCGUGAAAUUGGACGAAAGUGAAGUAUCGAAGUGUGAACAGAAACCGCCGCCGCGUGUAAAAGGAAGGAAGAAAAAUGCUCCUCGCUGUUUCGUUCGUCGUGCUGUCCACCGCCAUUUUGGCGUUCUCCGGCGUGGCCAUUGGAACCCCUGUGGUCAUGCAACCUGACGGACUCACCCUGAAAAUCGUCCACACCAACGACAUGCACUCGAGAUUCGAGCAGACGUCGAAAUGGUCGACUGUCUGCGUGAAGAGGGACAUCGAAGCUGGGAACUGCUACGGAGGAUUCGCGAGGAUAGCGACUCUGGUGAGGGAGGCCCGGAAGUCCUCGAUUCCAUGCAUCUUCCUGAACGCCGGUGACACUUACCAAGGCUCCACUUGGUUCACCGUCUACAAAUGGAAAGUUGUGUCCAAGUUUCUCAAUCUUCUCGCACCGAAUGCCACGAGCUUGGGAAACCACGAGUUCGACGACGGUGUGAACGGUCUGAUCCCUUUCAUCGAGAACGCCGCGUUCCCUGUACUGACGUCGAACAUGGAUCUCAGCAGACAGCCGAAUCUAGCCGCGACCAAGUUGCAGAAGAGCACAGUUCUGACGGUGAACGGUGUGAAGAUCGGUGUGAUCGGUUAUCUCACAUCGGAGACGAAGAUACUCUCGCAAUCGGAGAACGUGAUCUUCUUGGACGAGGUGGAGAGUAUACGCAAGGAGGCGGGGAUACUGAAGGAGCAAGGUGUACGAAUACUGAUAGCGCUCGGACAUUCCGGCUUCGAGGUGGACAAGAAGAUCGCCAGAGAGGUGGAGGAUAUCGACAUAGUGAUAGGUGGACACACCAAUACCUUCCUCUACAACGGUGAACAACCUGACGCAGAGGUGCCCGAGGGACUCUAUCCGACUGUGGUGAGGCAGAACGUGGUGCAGGCUUACGCUUACACCAAGUAUUUAGGUAAUUUCACGGUGUCGUUCGACAACAACGGGGAAGUGACCAGCAUCUUUGGCAAUCCUAUACUCGUGGACAACACCGUCGAACAGGCGGCAGAUAUUUUGAAAGAAUUAGAAGAAAUGAGAGGGGCCAUUGAUAAUAUUAGCCUGACGGAAGUUGGAAAUACUCGUGUACUUCUUGAAGGCGGCAGCAAAGUUUGCAGACGAAGGGAAUGCAAUAUAGGCAAUUUAAUUACAGAUGCUAUGAUCGAUUAUAAUGUUAAGGAAUAUGCAGGUAGAACUGGUUGGACAGAUACUGCAAUAGCUUUUCAUAAUGGUGGUAGCAUUAGAUCUUCUAUCACAAGAGCCAACGAUGAUAAAGUUACCAUGGGAGACAUCCUUACUGUACUACCUUUCCAUAAUACUAUAAUAAAAGUAUCGAUGACUGGGGAACUGAUUAAGUCCGUUCUAGAAUGGAGCGUGUAUAACUUAGAAAUUAAUAAUACCGCGAAUUUGGAUGGUGCAUUUUUACAAUUCUCUGGACUUCAGGUAAUAUAUGAUUUAACUCAACCAAAAAAUUCAAAGGUGGUAUCGGUACAAGUACUAUGCGCACUAUGUAGUAUUCCUAUGUACAAUGAACUUCAAAAGAAUGAAAAUUAUAGCGUACUUCUACCGGAUUUUAUGCAGAGCGGUGGUGAUGGAUAUUCUAUGUUGAAAGAUCUCCAAGCUGUACCUAUUGGUGGCACAACGGAUGAGGCACUAGUGGAAUAUUUAAAGAGACAUAGUCCAGUACAUCCUGGUGUUGAAUGGAGAAUCACUUUUGUAAAUGGACAAAAGGGACGCGGUGUUUCUAACAGCGUUCAUCAGUCUUUCAGAUUGACAAUUUUGUUAUCAAUAAUCAGUUGGUUAUUCGUAAGAUAAAUACUCGUGUGUAGGAUAUACUUUGAACAAUUGACAUUCAGUAUUUAAAACUUUAUAAUUUAUAUGAAUUUUUAUGCACCUUCCACCUUUUUCACUACCUCAAACGUAUACUUCAGCUAAACGAUUCGACGCUGAGCAAGAAUAUCACCGGAAUAGCUGUUUAUUCGUAAUCGCUGAAAACACUUCGAUCGAUGUUUUAAUUAUCACUUUUACUGUAUCGUUGUUUUAUUCUUUGGAUUUACAUCAAUCAGUACACAUACUUUCAAGUAUAUUUGUUCGACGCGUAUCAAUAUAUUUCAUACAUCACAUU